UGGGCCUAAAGCUUCUAGAGUUAUGGGAAUUACUGGGAAAAUUCAAUGUAACAGGUUCCCUUUUCCAUCUCCUUGAUUUGAGGGUACUUUUUGAAUGAAAAGUUGUCGUUAUGGGUGUAACUACAAGAACGUGGCCAAGUAUAAUUUAAGAAGCGCUUCCUCUAACCGUGGGACUUUCCCGGACCACGAAUGUGUUAAUCACAAACAUUUUAUACACAGCUCAGUCAAAUUCCCCUGCCAUUAAAAAGGAAAUAUUUAAAUAUAAAGUCUCCUCCUGCACAAAAUGCCAUACUCAGCUUGAACUCCAUCUUCCCAGUAACUGAUGAUGCAAUGCCAUGCUGCUUUUGUCAUUGGCUGCAAGCUUGUUCCAAUUCUAUUAAGUUUGUUCCUGGGUGUUAAUGUUAGCUGGAGUCCAAAGAUGAAUGCUGGCUGGACGGUUCUGCUGCUCUGCAGCUGUGUAUGCUCCUUAGUAACAGGUACGGUUUGUCUAUAUUAGUUAUAUUGUUUUGUCCAGAUUUUAUCACAUGAAAUGUACUUUUGUAAACCACGUUUUAAGUGGGCAUCUAUGUUUCCAUUAGCAUAUAAGUGUUUAAAAUAUAAUAACAAUUAGUUCUGGCUUGUGUUGCCUCUUCAGCGCUCCAAUUGUUGUACUUUCACAGUUGUUCACUCACCUACCUGUAGCUGGUUUCUCCACUGCAUUUUCCUUCUUCUAAGGAUUCCAGGAUAGUAUUUGUCUCUGGCCAUUUCCCUUAUCCUGGCGUUUAAGCCUAUCAAACAGCAUUACUUGCUGGUUCUGAAAAAAAAUAAAAGAAAUUAAUGUGAUUUCUCAUACACGGCGUCACUUAAAAACGACAAAUAUAAUAUAUACAUCAUUAUAUUCUAGCUGGAUGAAUUACUGGCAUCGUUUGCAUAACGUAAUUGCAAGUCUAUAUUUAUCAUCGGUGAAUUAUAUUAAAAUAAAUCUGUCCUUUUCUGUAAUCAGGAGCAUUUUCAUAGAGAUUUAUCAACAUUUUAAUAAUACAUAUUUAAAGUAUAUAUAUUUUUUAAAUGAAUAUAAUAAUUUAUUUAACUUUUUUUUUUUAAUUUGUAGUUUAUUGAGAUUUUUAUGAAACAGUCAUGACAUGUUUGAUACAGUUACAUUUUGGAGCAUGGUGUACACAUUGACAGUCUCCAAUUAUUUGUCAGCUGGACUUAAUUCGAGUCACUGCAUACAAUGUAUUAUGCUCCUGUUAUAUUUACCUCCUGAAGUGUUGUAACAUUGCAUAGGAAAACAUCUUCGUCACAGUUUUGAGUACGGCAUAUACAUUGGCUUUGUCAUAUAGUUGACAUCUGGACUCACUUGCCAGUACAUUAUGCAUCGAUGUAAUGCGUAUAUAUGUUUACCACGUGAAUUAUCGUAGCAUUGCUCCUUAAUACGUCAUUGUCACAAACAAAGGAUAAUAACAGAACAAAAAUAUAAAAAGAAACUUAAAUAGCAGAGGUAUAAUACAUAUCUAGGCUGUGUAACUUACAGACACUGAUGGCCUCCCAACAGGUGGUUUAGUGUGAGGCCCGGCAGUCUCCCAAGGUUUUGGCUCCCAAAAAUCAUGUGUUUGGGUCUGCCGUCAGUCAUGGUUGACUUGUGCACUGUCCGUUUGGUCCUGUUUUUCCCAGUUGCUCCAUGUCUUCUGACAUUUUUCGUACUGUAUUGGAGAGCUUAUCAACAUUUUCUCUAUACAUAAAAUUGUUGGACUUCUAUCCCUUUUUUCUAUUUUUAACCUUCCUUAUAGCAAUGCCCAGUAGGAAGGCUUAGCUAGGUAGCCCACUUACUAUAGCCCACUAUAACAGACAGGCACACAUACAUACACACACACACACACACAUAAAAAGACACAUACAUACAAACAAACAGGCACACAUACAUACAUACAGACACACAGACAGGCACACAUACAGACAGGCACACAUACAUGUGUGAUGGGCAACUCAGAGAUUUCUAGUUUGCCGUAAUUAAGUUUCUGACAGCUAGUAUGAUUAUCGCUAUCAUCUGUUGGCGACUACUGUCAAGGUGAGCAUCGGGUAGUAGUCGCAGGCACGUGGGGAUGGUUAGGUUGAAGUUUGGCUCAACCAACGAGUCCAGCAAUAGUCUAACAUCCUCCCAUAGCCGGCGGAUUCACUCACAUGUCCACCAGAUGUGUAUCAAGGUACCUUCCUCUGACAGGCACCUCCAGCAUUUGGAGAAACAUAGAAACAUAGAAAAAAUUUAUUUUACUUUUUCACGUUUGUCUUUCCCACGUAAGUCAUGGCCUAAUACGCUUUGCCGGAAUAGCUUCCUUUUUAAUUAGUGGACCAUAAAGAAAAUUAAUUAUGUAUUUUGUAAAUCCUUAACAAACUGUUCAGGUUUAUUCACUUAACCAGGAAAGGUAGAUAUUAUGAUAAAUUUCAGGGAGAAAAGCUAUCUUUGUGUCAUAAUUAUUUUAGGGGUUCUCUGCAUACAUACUCAGCAGUACUGAAUAACAACACCUGCUACAUAAUGACGUUAAACAAAAUAGUUAGGCUGGAAAUGUUGCUGAAUGGUGAAAACCGCUAACUGAAUAUUUUUCUUCCUUGUGUCUAAGAUUUGCAGAUUUCUGUGUGAUUCCUGACAAUUCAUGGUGGAGAGAAAAACUAAGGGGCUUAUUCGCUAAACAAUGAAUUGCAGUGAAUUAAAAACCAAAUAGCUAAAUUCAAUUUGGAAAGUACAGUGAAUUUUCCAAUGCAGAUUUGUGGCCCUACAUUGUCCAGUUUGUUUGUCCGGUAUCUAUAACUGGCUAUUUAGUGAAUAAAUCCUGCUUGGGUUUAGUAGCCAAACCAGGAGUUGCAGGAAUCUCAGAAGAAAAAGCCAAACAGCUGAACUGUAAAUAUAGCUGAUUUAGGACUUUAUAGCACAAAUAUUUAUGUCUAGACAUAAGCCAACUAAAAUAGCCACAUAAACGUAUAAUCAAAACUGAAUAUUAACAUAAAAAUAUACAUUCUAGACUCUAGAAUGUAUAUUUUUAUGUUAAUAUUCAGUUUUGAUAAUACAUUUCUGUGGCUAUUUUAGUUGGCUUAUGUCUAAAGAAGUCUAUGUGCACAACUCAUCCCUGGAGGUUUCAAGUUUUCACUUCUCAUUUUUUAAACGUUUUUAAGAAACUUUUUUUUUCUUGUCUGACUGAGCAGCCAUAUUGGAUCAGAGUCUACUGUUAUCUGACUGCUGCUCAACCUGCUGCUAGUGCAUACAGAGCCAUUAGCAAGUUAGGUUGAGCUGCAGUGAGUCAGACAACACAAGAGUCUGAUCCAACAUGGCUGCUCGGCCAGAUAAAAAAGAUUAAAAAAAAGUCAAUGUACAUAAUUUUUUUUUAAAAUUAUUAUGUUUCAUUAAAUGUAAUAAACAUUACAAUCUGAACAUCUGAUGACAGUUGUCCUUUAAGUAAGAUCAAGAGUAUUGUUAAGACGUACAGUGGUUAUGGUACUGCGGUCUUAUAUUCCUUUCCCAAUAGUUUAGCAUAAGUGAUUAUAACUGCAGUUAGGAGGUAGAGGAAUAGUGUAGAUGAAUGCAGCUUCCAAGACGAUUCUCCCCAGCAAGUAGAAAAUUCCCCAAGCAUGAGCCUAGACUUCAUGAAGGGUGUAACAGGAAUCAUUUUUAUUGAUGCCACACUGGCUUUUAUGAGAAUCCUCCUGCAAGAGGACCUCCCACAGUAAACAAAGACAAUAACCAAUCAACAUACAGAUUUACAGUAACACCCGCCCUCUCUCUGCCUGGGAGAUAUUGAGAAUGAUAAGUUAAGGAAUAACCCAAUUAUCUCCAGGCAGAUUGCACACAAUUUCCCCCAAAAUUAGAACACCCCUUUACACACAAGGUAUCCCCACAAAUUAUUAAAAUUUCACCCAGAUCGGCUCAGGGGUUCUCAAAAAAUAUGGAAGUCAUAAGUCAGUGGCGUACACACAACCCAUGGGGCCCCGGUAUGAAGACUGAUCCGUGCCCCCCCCCCCCCAUGUGCUUACUCUGUACGGGCUGGGGCCGCAACACAUGGCGUUGGGUACCUGGUCGCAGGGUCCAUCUAGUUUUAACCCUGCAGCUGAAAACAUAGCAAUUUCGGAGAAACUGCUAUGUUUCACUGAGGGUUAAUCAAGCCUCUAAAUAACGGUUUCACGCCGCAGCUCUACCACAACUAUUGAGUUACAGUUGCCGUGAACUGCGUUCCCUGAUCUGAUAGUAUUUCCCGGGGGAAUCCUACUCGGGAAAAGAUCCUGAUUAGAGCCUCUGCUACCGUCUCCGCCUCAAUGUUGGAGAGCGCCACAGCGUCAGUGUACCUGGUGGCCUAGUCCACCACCAUAAGGAUGUAGCGUUUUCCGGAGGAGCUGGGUUUGUUGAGGGGCCCUAUCAGGUCUAUUGCCACUCUGUAGAAUGGCUCUUCUAUUAUAGGUAGGGAGCGUAACUCUGCCUUAGGGUGGUCCCCCCUCUUCCCUAUCCGUUGACAUGUGUCACAUGUCCUGCAGUAUGUUUGCAAAUCUUUUGAUAUCCCUGGCCAGAAGAACUUCUGGGUAAGGUGGUCCUUAGUUUUCUUGUUACCCAGAUGUCUGGCUAGCGGGAUAUCAUGACUGAGCUUUAGAAGCUCCGCUCUGUAUUUGCGGGGUACGACUAGCUGCCUUUUUAUAACCUGUGACCAUGUAUAGGAGUCCCUUGUCCCAGUGGAAGCUCUCUUGGGCAUUACCUUCCUUAGGAGUACCUACUGCCUUUCUGUAACCAGCUAACGUGGGGUCUGUCUGCUGGGCUUGGCCAAAAUCUUGGGGGGUGCCCCAGAAAGGGACAGGGUUAGGGGAUACUACGGGGUUUUUGGUUCCUACCUGUGGUUAAGCCUAAUUGACAGUUUGUACCAAUUUCCACCACAGUGUUCUAAGUGUUCGUCUGGGUGGCCGCUGUUCACAUGAAUGACCACAAGGUGGCGGCCAUCUUGUUGCCGUGAACACAUUCAGCGGUGUUUGGGAAUGAAUCUCAUGGAACUGAAAUCGGACACAGAAACUACCGAACACCGCUGGACUUCCAGCAUUGCCUGCGUUCGGUUCUACAACACUUAGAAGGGCACUGUUCUGUGGAAACUUUGCCACGAACAAGGUGAACAAGUUACAGAGUAAGACUAUUGACUAUGUUCGGUAGUUUGUUCGUUUUUAAACUACCAAACUAAACCGACUGCUAGCCAUGAUUAUUUAUGGAACUGUUUUGGGCAUAGGACCAUGUGCACGGUCGGUCAAAUUUUUGACUUCCAUGAAAAUCCCGAACCCCUGAACCGAUCUGGGUGAUUGUUGGAUGUGAUGGUCACCCAGAUAGAGGCUAUCAGGGGAUUUGACUUUUGUGGGGUUUUCAUGUGUUUUAGGGGUACUUUCGGGGUUUUGUUAUAUUGUAUGUUUCUGUACUUAGAGAUAAUGUAAUUUAAAUGUUUGCUGUAACUAGCUCCCUCUCAGGUCCAGGGGGAGGGAUUACCCUGCUGUUAAUUUGGGAAACCCCGUGCAUGUGGAAUCACAUUGAAAAGCCGUAUGUGGCUGCCUAUAAACCAGUCCAUCCACAGCAUAGAACCUUGUCUCGUGUGUGAAAGAAAGCUAUACCAGCUAUAUCACUUGCUCUUUUCAGAGCUACACUGCUAUACCCCCCUGAGAUGAGGUCUUCCCACUGGGAGCUGGAUCCAGGUGUUGGUCCAGGGUGGGAAGGGAUGAAAGACCCCAGCCAAGCUGCGGUGGCUAAGGGUCUACAGUUCUUAUGGUGUCCGGUGGAGUGCCCGCCACACCAUCUAUUCUAGCUACUUCAUCCUUCAUGCUCAAAAUAUGUAAUGGCCACAUAGAUGCAUAAAUUGAGUAAUGUGGGUACAUGUAAAAAAAACUGAGGUGUAUUGCAUUUGCACCUCUCCACUUCAAUUUGAUGUUGGGCUCCUGUUGAACACACUCAGAACCUUUCGAUUUUUAAGUUGCGCAUUACACUCCAUUUGAGGUAGUUCAUACAGCGACUACCUAGUGGACAAUCAUCAAAUAUUAGCACAGGAUAGCUUCCCAGAUUACUAUUUUUUGUAAAAAAUUAUCAUAGGCAUUAGUUGGGUGUUCUAGACCGCUCUAUAUUUUGCUUUCAUACUGUUAUACCAUUUGAAUGGAGAAUUUGUGUUUACUCCAAGAUAAGUCACCAAGUAUAUUAUUGCGACUGUUUAUCGUAUUGUUAUUACUCCUACAAAAAUGGCUAUGAAAUUUUUGACUAUUUUUCUUCAGUUCUACUUAUUUUUAUUUUUAUUUUUUAAACGUGCAGGUUUGCAUACAUGUAUUCUCAGCUGGAUAUCAGUUUAUUUACUGUUUAAAAUCUUGUGAAUGUGUUAUAUCCCUGAUGUUUCAAAGCACAUCAAAAAUAUAGAUUUAAUUAAAAAAAAAAAAGAAAGAAAGAAAGAUACUCAUUAUAGAAAUUAAUUAUACUAUUUGUUUUUUUUACAGGGUUCGUGGUUGAGGAGCUAACACUCUGCGAGCCUGGUAAUGCCAAAGGGGAAAAUGUUACAUUUAACUAUUUUGUAAACUUUAACCGCCAGCCUAUAGUAAUAUUCGACAAGGAUUCCAAAAUGUUUGUCCCCAGCGGGCCGUACCAAGUGGCUGCUGUUAUCAGUUACUAUCUUAACAUAAACACGAGCAUGGUGGAGAACAUGCAAGAAAAAGAAAAAAGGUGUAAGAUGGAAGUGGUGGAAUAUUGGGAAAGCACCGUGGAGAGAACAGGUAAGUGUUUUUACACAUAACUAUGUAGAAAGUACUUAUUGUGGUUUAUCUGCCCUUUCUGCGUAAAAUUAUAUGUUGCGAUCAUUCUCUAUAAAAGGCCUAAAAAACUGUAGCCAUCCUUUAGUCUUAAGAAAAGAUCAUGAGAUCGAAGGUAUCUCUAGAACUUUCAGCUAUUGAGGCAUUGACUCGAGGAUCAAAACACUCCUCAGGUGUAGUUUUUUUAAUUUAUUUUUUAUUUAAAUGAGAACAAGGUAUAGAAUAAGAUUUGCAUACUUAUAAAAUAAUGUCUAAUCUAUAGUUAUAUUAAUUCUAUUAUUAUUAUAUAAUUGUUUUAUAUCAUUUUACGAUUUGUCCUUGCCCAUCUCUGUUUUUCUCACUGACUCCAAUUUUUCCCACCAUUUUCUUCUGUUUGUCAACAGCCAAGCCGUCCAUGAAAGUCUUUCUCCCUGACGCAUUUCGCGGCCAAGCCUCACACACUCUUAUUUGUCAAGUUUGGGGAUUUUAUCCCAGUGAUAUAAGUGUGAGUUGGGUAAAAAAUGACAGAAUUGUGCUGAGUAACACCACAGAUGCUAUCCCAGCUGGGGACUGGACUUACCAGGUUGUGGCCAAACAAGAUCUGAAAGAUUUGACACCUGAUGAUGAAUACACGUGUGUUGUAAUGCAUCCCACCCUGGAUGAAGUAAUGACGAUGAGUUGGAGUGAGUGUAAAAUACCCGCACUGGUCUGUAGGACAAAACUUUUAGUUUAUAAAAUUAUUAACAGUUUGGUAAUUUUACAAUAUUAUAGAAUUGAUCUUAUGGUGCAGUAAUAUCAAUGAGAAUAUUCCCCAGUUGUAAUUAUAUAUAUUUAAAGGAGUGCCUACCUUUCACUCCAGACCCUGAAACCAUUCUUUGUAAAUCUUUUAUAUUUCCCACCUUGAUAUUUUCUUCUCUGACUCUAUCGCUAAUAUUUUUUGUUUUCUGUGAUUUCUUUGUGGCAAUUUCUACUUGACAAAAAGGUCUGGAACAGGAGAUAGUGGGUUAACUCAAAGCCAAUUACUAGAAUAAUUCUGAAGUAGUUUCAAUAUAUUUCUUGGAAUAGAAUGGAAAUUGCCACAUUCCUGUGCUCUGUGCUAUCUUAGUAUGAGCCUCUAUUAGUGUGCUCUGUGCUAUCUUAGUAUGAGCCUCUAUUAGUGUGCUGUGUGCUAUCUUAGUAUGAGCCUCUAUUAGUGUGCUCUGUGCUAUCUUAGUAUGAGCCUCUAUUAGUGUGCUCUGUGCUAUCUUAGUAUGAGCCUCUAUUAGUGUGCUCUGUGCUAUCUUAGUAUGAGCCUCUAUUAGUGUGCUCUGUGCUAUCUUAGUAUGAGCCUCUAUUAGUGUGCUCUGUGUUAUCUUAGUAUGAGCCUCUAUUAGUGUGCUCUGUGCUAUCUUAGUAUGAGCCUGUAUUAGUGUGCUCUGUGCUAUCUUAGUAUGAGCCUCUAUUAGUGUGCUCUAUGCUAUCUUAGUAUGAGCCUCUAUUAGUGUGCUCUGUGCUAUCUUAGUAUGAGCCUCUAUUAGUGUGCUCUACGCUAUAUUAGUAUGAGCCUCUAUUAGUGUGCUCUAUGCUAUCUUAGUAUGAGCCUCUAUUAGUGUGCUCUACGCUAUCUUAGUAUGAGCCUCUAUUAGUGUGCUCUACGCUAUAUUAGUAUGAGCCUCUAUUAGUGUGCUCUGUGCUAUCUUAGUUUGAGCCUCUAUUAGUGUGCUUUGUGCUAUCUUAGUAUGAGCCUCUAUUAGUGUGCUCUGUGCUAUCUUAGUAUGAGCCUCUAUUAGUGUGCUCUGUGCUAUCUUUAGUAUGAGCCUCUAUUAGUGUGUUCUAUGCUAUAUUGGGUAUGAGCCUCUUAUUAAGUGUGUGCUCUAUGCUAUAUUAGUAUAUGAGCCUCUAUUAGUGUGCUCUUCUUACGCUAUAUUAGUAUGAGCCUCUAUUAGUGUGCUCUAUGCUAUAUUAGUAUGAGCCUCUAUUAGUGUGCUCUGUGCUAUCUUAGUAUGAGCCUCUAUUAGUGUGCUCUAUGCUAUCUUAGUAUGAGCCUCUAUUAGUGUGCUCUGUGCUAUCUUAGUAUGAGCCUCUAUUAGUGUGCUCUGUGCUAUCUUAGUAUGAGCCUCUAUUAGUGUGCUCUGUGCUAUCUUAGUAUGAGCCUCUAUUAGUGUGCUCUAUGCUAUAUUAGUAUGAGCCUCUAUUAGUGUGCUAUAUUAGUAUGAGCCUCUAUUAGUGUGCUCUACGCUAUAUUAGUAUGAGCCUCUAUUAGUGUGCUCUGUGCUAUAUUAGUAUGAGCCUCUAUUAGUGUGCUCUAUGCUAUCUUAGUAUGAGCCUCUAUUAGUGUGCUCUGUGCUAUCUUAGUAUGAGCCUCUAUUAGUGUGCUCUGUGCUAUCUUAGUAUGAGCCUCUAUUAGUGUGCUCUGUGCUAUCUUAGUAUGAGCUCUAUUAGUAUGCUCUGUGCUAUCUUAGUAUGAGCCUCUAUUAGUGUGCUCUGUGCUAUCUUAGUAUGAGCCUCUAUUAGUGUGCUCUGUGCUAUCUUAGUAUGAGCCUCUAUUAGUGUGCUUUGUGCUAUCUUAGUAUGAGCCUCUAUUAGUGUGCUCUGUGUUAUCUUAGUAUGAGCCUCUAUUAGUGUGCUCUGUGCUAUAUUAGCAUGAGCCUCUAUUAGUGUGCUCUGUGCUAUCUUAGUAUGAGCCUCUAUUAGUGUGCUCUGUGCUAUCUUAGUAUGAGCCUCUAUUAGUGUGCUCUGUGUUAUCUUAGUAUGAGCCUCUAUUAGUGUGCUCUGUGCUAUCUUAGUAUGAGCCUGUAUUAGUGUGCUCUGUGCUAUCUUAGUAUGAGCCUCUAUUAGUGUGCUCUGUGCUAUCUUAGUAUGAGCCUCUAUUAGUGUGCUCUGUGCUAUAUUAGUAUGAGCCUCUAUUAGUGUGCUCUGUGCUAUCUUAGUAUGAGCCUCUAUUAGUGUGCUCUGUGCUAUCUUAGUAUGAGCCUCUAUUAGUGUGCUCUGUGCUAUCUUAGUAUGAGCCUCUAUUAGUGUGCUCUGUGCUAUCUUAGUAUGAGCCUCUAUUAGUGUGCUCUGUGCUAUCUUAGUAUGAGACUCUAUUAGUGUGCUCUGUGCUAUCUUAGUAUGAGCCUCUAUUAGUGUGCUCUGUGCUAUCUUAGUAUGAGCCUCUAUUAGUGUGCUCUGUGCUAUCUUAGUAUGAGCCUCUAUUAGUGUGCUCUGUGCUAUCUUAGUAUGAGCCUCUAUUAGUGUGCUCUGUGCUAUCUUAGUAUGAGCCUGUAUUAGUGUGCUCUGUGCUAUCUUAGUAUGAGCCUCUAUUAGUGUGCUCUGUGCUAUCUUAGUAUGAGCCUCUAUUAGUGUGCUCUGUGCUAUCUUAGUAUGAGCCUCUAUUAGUGUGCUCUAUGCUAUCUUAGUAUGAGCCUCUAUUAGUGUGCUCUGUGCUAAGUAUGAGCCUCUAUUAGUGUGCUCUAUGCUAUAUUAGUAUGAGCCUCUAUUAGUGUGCUCUGUGCUAUCUUAGUAUGAGCCUCUAUUAGUGUGCUCUAUGCUAUCUUAGUAUGAGCCUCUAUUAGUGUGCUCUGUGCUAUCUUAGUAUGAGCCUCUAUUAGUGUGCUCUGUGCUAUCUUAGUAUGAGACUCUAUUAGUGUGCUCUAUGCUAUCUUAGUAUGAGCCUCUAUUAGUGUGCUCUGUGCUAUCUUAGUAUGAGCCUCUAUUAGUGUGCUCUGUGCUAUCUUAGUAUGAGCCUCUAUUAGUGUGCUCUGUGCUAUCUUAGUAUGAGCCUCUAUUAGUGUGCUCUGUGCUAUCUUAGUAUGAGCCUCUAUUAGUGUGCUCUGUGCUAUCUUAGUAUGAGCCUCUAUUAGUGUGCUCUAUGCUAUCUUAGUAUGAGCCUCUAUUAGUGUGCUCUGUGCUAUCUUAGUAUGAGACUCUAUUAUUGUGCUCUGUGCUAUCUUAGUAUGAGCCUCUGUUAGUGUGUUUUAUAUCGUAUUAUGAGCCUGUAUUAGUGUGCUCUGUGCCAUCUUUUUAUAAGACUGUAUUAGGGUGCUCUGUGCUAUCUGAGUAUGAGUCUCUUUUAGUGCUGUGUGCUAUCUUAGUAUGAGUCUCUUUUAGUGUGCUCUGUGCUAUCUUAUAAAAGAAGAAGAUGGGUCAGCGCUAAUAGCUCUCAGAGUAUAGUUAAGCAGCAACCCUAAGGAGGAGGAACCCCUCCUUACCCUUCAGAUAAUAAGAACAAAAAUAAAUACAAGUAAAGGGCUGCACAAACUUAAAAAAUCUAAUAAAGUCCAAUUAGCAGCAUAAAAUUUUAUGUAUUUUAUUAAGAGCACUAUUGUCGCCAUUCUGUAUUUUUUCUGAGAUCUGGAUACCCUACGUAACUGAGGAACACUCAUGUUUAUAUCCUUAAUUGGGGAUACACUAGAGCUUGCCUGAGCUCUAACAAAUGUGAGUGUGUUUGAAAAAAGAACCAUAGGAUACAAUUUCCAGACGCAAGAAUUCCUCCACCUUCCAACAUCCACUUGAUAUCUACCUCUGAUACAGAGGUAUCAUUCUAAUACUUUGUGUACUGGACUUUUUUUAUGCUGCUAAUUGGACUUUAUUAGAUUUUAUAUGUAGCGCAGCCCUUUACUUGUAUUUAUUUUUGUUCUAUGCUAUCUUAGUAUAAGCCAGGGGUAGACAACCUUCAGUACUCCAGAUGUUGUGGACUAUAUCUCACCCUUCCACUUAAAAUGCUAGCGAAGUGACAGGGGAGGAGUAGUCUACAACAUCUGGAGUGCUGAAGGCUGUCUACCCAUUCUAUAGGCUAUCUUAGUGUGAGGCCUAUGUUCCAGUGCACAGGAAUCUAGGCCUCAUAUAGAACAUCGUAAUGUUAGGCCUCUAUUUCUGUGCUCUGUGCUAGCUUAGUAUAAGGCCUCAAUCCUCUCCUCCUGAGCAUUUCCUGUAGAUGGUUUGGAUGUAUAAAAUGGGGUAGUAAAUUCAUUGCUUAUAAUUUGGAGAGAUGUUGGCGCACAUCCUCAAUCCCAGUCCUUUGAAUUUAUGUAUUUUUUUUACAUUUUGAUUGUUGCUCUUAUUGAUUUUGUCUAAUGUAUUAAUCUCUUGUUCACAAUUUUUAGAACAGGGAUUGACCUCAUCCCAGAUUAUUAAAAUAAGUAUUUCUUCGGUAAUCUUCAGUUUGGGAUUCAUAGUCGCUUUAGCAGGAUUUUUCUGGUGGACAUAUUCAAAGAGAAGUGGUAAGUAAACCGUGUAUUAUCUAUCCAAACCAUUUAACACUUCAAUAUAGGUUUAUAACUAUAAUGAUAACAAUAUAUAAACAGAUAUAUUUAUGUUAUUGUUGCAGAGCCCUCCAUGUACACAGUUUAGAGACAGACUGCUAUCAGUGAGAUAGACUCGCAGCCUCCAUACUUGAGAAACACGUAGCCUCUCUAUCUGAGGUAGACACACAGCCUCCAAACCCAUGAAAGACACUCAGAAUCCACACGAGAUAUAAGCACAGCCUCUGUACCUGAAGAAGACAUGGAACCUCCAUAUUUGAGAUAGACAUACAGUUUUCAUACCUGAGAUAGAAAUUCAGCCUUUAUAUCUGAGUUAAACGCACAGUUUCCAAACCCAAGAUAAGCAGGCAUCCUCCGUGUGACGGAGUGCCUGUACCCAGAGUUGUACCUCCACUGUAGGUUCUCCCAGUCCCUGUAGUGAAACAGUGAUUAUAACUCCUGCAUUCCCAAACAUCAGUCGAGAAUUGAUGAAGGGUACAAGAACUGGUUUAUUCAUCCAAAAGCACAUUCAUUUAUACACAGACCCCAACAUGGGGUCUCCAUUCAUUAACACUUAAGCCCGCCCUGGAGUCUCUGUGUCUGGGAGAUAAUUGAGUUGAUAACCGGUAAACUAAUGAUUUCCCAGACACAAGGAAUACAAUUCAGAAAUAUCCUCAAAAUAUUCCACAAACAGUAUGGUAUCCCCACAAGUCAUAUGUCAUAUCUCCGUGGUGAAUCGGAGUUCCCUGGUGGUUUCGGGGAGCGUUUUCUCAAUUCUUGGGAUAGAAGCUUCCUUCCACAUAGCGCUCUUUUAAGUCACUGAGAAAGGGAUGAAAAUAUAGGUGCAAGGUGACUGGGGAAUCCUGCAACAAGUGGCUGGGCCGGAGUUCCAGAGCGGUUGUAGGUUGGUCUCGCUGAUGGCGUCUGGAUACUCUGGCUCUCAGGGAAGGGAGAACAGGAUAGGCAACUGGACAGGGAGGUAGGAGAUCAGUGGAUCAUAGUCCUUUAUCAGUGAGUUCAUCACACUCCGUAACCGAGACACACAGCCUCCACACCUGGAAAGGACACACAGCCUCCACACCUGAGAAAAACACAGCACGAUCCUUACUGAGAUAUCCUUACAGGCAUACAUACUGCCUUAGACACCAACAGUUAUGUUAGGUAUACUGUCCCCAUACCUGAAAUUGCCACAGAGACCCAGUUAAACAGACACAGUAUUAUAUGUCAGGGGAGAAGCAAGCUAGAACAUUGUCUUAUUAUAUUUUAAUAUGCACCACGUUUUAUAGAUUUUCACCAUGUUAUUGGCUAUAUCUGUAGGGUACGUUCAAAUGGAAACACACAGUGAAGCCGACUAAACUUCUCUCAGGUAGGCGUUAACUGAGAUGUACUUUGUGUGAGUUGAUAAAGGGUUUCUACAGAGGGAUAACAGAGGGAUGUUUAUAAACAAUUUCUAGUAAAGCAGAGCAGGGUUUGCAGACAUCCAUGAGGAUAUCCAGCAUUAGCUAAAAUCCCAUAGGAAAGCACUGAAUAAGCUUUGUUAUUGGAUGUCAUAAUGUGAUCGCAUCGCUUGUCGCACAUGCGCAUUAGGUCCCCGAUGUCAGGAGAAGCGAUGAAGCCUGACCCAGCGUUGAAGGAUAUCUGCGCUGGAUACAGGUAAGUGACAAAAGGGAUUUUAACUCUUUCAGUGCUGCAGAGGGGAGGGAAGGGGGUUCGCGAGCAAAGGGGCACUAGAGACUAGGAAUACAAUUUAUUUUUCCGGAAGUCCACAGGUAAGAAGGUUAACUAUUCUAAAAUGGUUUGACUUAUUACAAUGGGGGGUAGUAGGUGAGAGGGCAAUCCCGGCACCAUAACCACUACAACCGACUGUACUGCACUGAAAAGAGGUAUUAAUUUAUAUGUAUGUGUUAGAAAAUUAUCUCCAUAGAGCCUAUAAUAUAUGUCAAAAUGUAUUUCAAAUGAUAAUGAAAAAAAUAAAACAGCUUUCAUGUCAUUUCUAAAUGUAGCUUUUUUUUCUGUGGACAUUUAGCAUUUAACUCACUCCUGCCUUUGCAGAGGGGCAACAUUUUUAAAACAAUAUGGUUGUAGUCAAGUUCUGCAACAGACAGAUUAGCAGAUGAGAACCUUUGAUUGGAAGAAAAAGUAUAUUUUACAUGGGGGAAAUCGCUUUGGUCUUUUCUGCAAAUGGAAGUCUUAUUUAAGAUGUUCUUCAUGUCUUUUUAAAUAACAUUUUAGUAAUUUCUCCUCCUUCUACAGGUUACAGCACACUCCAGUUCCUGUGACCAAAUGGAGAUAUGUCUUUGCUGGACUCCUCGAGUUUCGUUUAUAUCAGAAGCUGUUUAUGGGAGGCAAGGACCGCCCUCCCUUUACCAUGUAUUUUAAAAAUGUUACGCAAUGUCCUGCAAAGUAAUGUCUAGGUCUUCAGUAUAUUGUAUGUGUUCUCAGUCAGAGGAAUAUAUUCCUCUCACUCCAUACAAAAUAAUAUAAACUACAUUCACUGGCUCUGAUCUCGGGGACUGAACAUAGGAUGCACUCAUUGACUACGGUGAUAUCACAUCAUCUCUCUCCAACUAAUAUGUCCUCAUUGACUUAUCCUAGUCUGUUACUGUCUGCCUGAGACUUUGGGCUGGAUUAUCUUAUCAAAGUGAAGGUUUUACUCCGCUGGCUGAAUAGUCAUUCUUCCAUUGACGAAUAUUGGGAAUAUUGCUGGUCAGUAAGCAGAGUAAGGGUUCUCUGCUGUGUGUAAUGUCAAGUAGAUCUUACAUACCAAUGGUGUCUUUAUCUGACUGUUAUCAGAUUGUGCGUUAACCUGUCACUCAGACACCUGGUGUUUCUCCCUUGUAUGGUUCUUCAUUGUAUUCCUGUCUGGAACCAAAACCAGGACCGGUUGAACCAUCCAAUCUGACGGCAGAUCUAAAAUAAUAUAUGUGUAUAUAUGAGCUCCUCGUAAUUAGCAAGAAGGUAUUUGCCAUGAAGAACAGAGAAUAUAAACCCAAUGAAAGGUUGUGUGUAAAUAAUAUUAAUUUUCUGUUUUGAUUUACAUGAUGUUAAUAAUCAAUGUAAUAAACUGUUAAAUGCUCUCGAUUUCUCUGUGAGGGAACUAACUGCUGUCUGAAACACGGUGGAUCUGGCCUUAUUUUAAAGGAACACUCUGAAACCCUAAAACAAUUUAACUUGCUAACGUACCCUAUGUGUGCAAUGUGUCCUUUUGUUCGUUUUAGAAAAUGUGAAAAUUUCUAUAGAAAUUUGCACUUUUAUAAAUUAAUUACUCAGACAACCGGUCCUGUUACUUCCUGGUUUGGUGAGCUCAGUGGAGCUAAACUCAAGAGGUGGCAAUUGCUCAGAGCACCUGCCUUGCACAGACUUCUAAUUGAGCUGCAUCGAUAAGUCUGGGAGGAUGGGUAGGGCUUGCAAAGGUUGCAGACAAAAGAGCUUUUUGCUUUUGUAAGCUGUUGAAACAUAUACCACCAAUGCAAAAUUCAUAAAUAAACACAUGGUGUCCCAUUGGGGGUAUAUCUACUAAACCAUGAUUAAAAAAUAUACUUUUAAGCCAUUGGUAAGUGAACUAGCCAUUCAUCUCCACCUAGGACUAAAUUGCUACUUAGUUCGCAAUCAGUAGAGGAGGAUUAUUUAUUUGGAAUUAUUCAAUGCUGUUAUAAUUAUCAUUGUCUGUAGAGUAAACAAUCCAUUAAAGCAGAUCUGUCAAAAUGUCUUUGCGAAAUAGGCGAAAACGGGCAGUUUGGGACUGUGGGAUCCCCAAUAGAGAAAGCCUGAAUCCCACAGCUGGAUUUUGUGACAACUGCUGCGUUUGGACAAAAGUUGACAGAUGACCUCCUCCUUUUAUCAAGUUUUGUCAACCUCAGUUUUUACUAUAAGACAAAGAAGUCCCUACUUUGUCUCAUGGUAUCAUUGGAUUGUGUCAGAAAUUUAGUGAAAUUCCAACGCAGUCUUUAUAACUUUAUCAUAAAAUGUUAUCUUUAUAAUAUAGUGACAGAUCGGCUUCAAACCCUGACUAACUUGUGUCCUCUGUGGACAAAGGAUAUAUAGAUAUUACAACUUUUAAUAGUGUGAUAAACAUUUUUAAUAACAAUCUGCAGUAGCAGAGUGUUCUGUCUGCCACUGUGUAUGCUGCUUUAAUCCUUUCUCUAACAUGGAGCAUUAAGCUCUCACUGGUUAAUAAUUCAGUCCUUCCUAACACGGUAAUUCAUUACAGAUUGAAUUGUCAGGAAUGUGUUUUUGUUUUAAAAAUUAAAAUUUUAGGCCAAAAGAGACAAAUUGGAAAAUUUCUCCAAGUCAGAUAUAUUUUGAAUUUGGCUAUUUACUCUAAAAAUGAG